GCCACGCGAGAUGGCGGAUCGUGAACUCGUACGAGUCGGAAGUACGUACCCAUGAUGCAUCACUGAUGUCAACAUGGCGGACGUAGUUGAAAAUGAAUCCGCAGAAGCAUUGUUAUCAAUAAAAAAUGGUGGAUACCCUUCUGUUGAUGAAAUUAAAACGGAGAUAAUAGAUGACGAUAUGAUGGAUACAGAUGAACAACUGAGUUUGAAUCACUCAAUGGAUCAACAAAUGGAUACCGAAGAAUCAGAACCAAUACCAGAACUGGGGCCUGCGGCUUUAGGUCUACAGAGGGUAGGCACUCAACCACCUACCAAACCAAAUCCUCCAACGCAACCAGUACAAGUGCUGAAUCGCAGAGGAAUGCCAGCAAGAAUCAAAAAAAAUAAAUUAUUCUAUGACGAUGUCUUGAUUAAUCAUCCACAUCAUAGAAUCAAGAAGGAUCCUUUAACUGCAGAUGCGAAACAAUCUCCUAAAAAAAUGAUUCGACCAUCACCAGUGAAGAGACAGAAUAAGAUAUCGAGCACACCAAAAAGUACAGGUUCAUCUUCGCAACCAACAACUCCUGUAACUACUCCAAUCAAGCAGGAGAAAGAACCAGAUAAGCUACCACAGCCUACAUCCCCAGAUCGUAAAAUAGGACAGAAGAUUGGUAUGAGACUGAGAAACUUGUUGAAACUACCCAAGGCACAUAAAUGGGUCUGUUAUGAAUGGUUUUAUAGCAAUAUUGACAAGAUAUUAUUUGAAGGUGAUAACGAUUUCAUGAUAUGUUUAAAAGAAUCGUUUCCACAAUUGAAAACUCGUAAACUCACUCGCGUGGAAUGGUGUAAAAUUAGAAGAAUGAUGGGCAAGCCACGAAGAUGUUCACAAUCAUUCUUCGAGGAGGAGAGACGUGAGCUGGAAAGAAAGAGGCAGAAAAUACGGAUGCUGCAGCAGAGAAAAACGACGGAUAUAAGCAGUUUCAAAGACUUACCACCUGAAAUACCAUUACAAUUAGUAAUUGGUACAAAAGUGACGGCAAGACUAAGGAAACCACAAGAUGGUCUGUUCACUGGAAGUAUCGAUGCCGUCGAUACCAGCAAUAAUACUUAUAGAAUUACAUUCGAAAGAGCCGGACUUGGAACACAUAGUGUCCCUGAUUAUGAAGUCUUGUCGAACGAACCACCGGAGACGAUCAGUGUGGCAUCAUUCUCUCAGAAGUUUAGACCACGGCCUUUACAAUAUGUACCUUCACCUCCAUAUAUGAUGAAGUUAUCUCCACGAUUGACCAACGAUCCUUUAAUAUCCAAUGCCUCUGUGUCCAUGCCGAAAAAGAAUAUUGGUGGCACAAUGAAUGGUUUUCCAUUAAAAUUACUCGAACUUAUGGUUAAAGUGAAUAAAAUAUUAACAACUAAGAAGAAUAAAAUCAAGAAGUUGAAAGAGAUGAACGGAGAAGCUGAAAAGAAACGUUCCCUAGGUGAAUCGCUUCUUCCCGAUUUUGAAAAAAAAUAUGCAGGAAUUGUUGUCGAGUUGGAGAGAAUGAAUGGAGCUCUUCAAGACUUUUUGAACGACAUACAAGAAUUAUGUCAAGAAAUGGCACCAGAACCCAGCGUGGCGGCAAUGCUAGCACCGUCACAUCUUCGAGAAAAAUGCAGACAGGAAGCGGCAGAUAUGGUUGCUAAACAUAACAUAAUGAAUGAUAAAGCACCAGGAAAGAUGACUCAAUUGGUAACAGAUUUAACUGCAUUAAUGUUACAAGUGAAAAGUUUAUCGGAUUCUGAUCGAAAUGCAUAUGAACUUAAAGUACUACAAGGUACGAUGGAGCAGAUAAGAUCGAAACUCAGUCCACAGAAUCAGCAGGUGUUUCAAAAUUGUGUAGAAAUUCAUAUGCAACAUAUUCAAGUAGGCCUAGGGCAGAUGGGUCCUCUAACGCCAUUUAUGGCACAAAGAGUUUGA